GAAGUCACGCCAUUGAUCUCCUACCAUCGAACUCAGAUGGAGCCCCCAGUUCAGCGCCAGUUGGUUCCCUCUUACAUCCUUCUCUCGUUUGGACUGGACGGUUAUCUUGAAGGCUUUUUAUACCCUUUCUCAACUGCAGUACUGCCCAUUUCCUUUCGUCUCAACCAUCUUCACGGUAUAUCCAUCUUCCCCACAAAGAAAAAGUGGGCCUCGGUGCAACAAGUUCGGAUCCGCAUCUUGAUUAUGAUGGGGCUGUCUUUUGCGAAGCUAUUUAGUGGGCUUUCUGCGAAUUCUUAUGGUGGGUCUUGAUGCUGCUGGUGAGAUCGCCGUUCUGUCUAAGCUCAAGCUUGAAGAGAUUGUGACUAAUAUUCCCGUAGUUGGGUUUAAUGUGGAGACUGUGUAGUAUAAGGACAUCAACUUCACCGUUUUGAAUUUUCUAUUCUUUCGGCUCAGGUUCCCUUCUUUUGCUAGUAAUUCAUACUGAUUAAUCUUCUUUUGAUUUAAUUUUGUGAGUUCAUGAUCAGUUAAGGGUUUUAGUGUCUUGAUGAUAUUUUCUGUAAAUGGUCAAAGAUCUUGAUGACCAUACAAAUCAAUAGUGGGCAUGAUGAAAGAUUCUUCCUAUUUGUCAAUUGAAAGUUAUUAAUGAUUUGGGUAGUUGAAUAUGCUGUUUUUAAUACGGCAGGGUGGAAGAACAUAUAGGAGAGAUAUCAUCAUCUAUCAUGGAAGAGGGUAAUCGAGAACAUGCAGCAAAGACACCAUCCAUCAAUUCAAGCGGCGAUAGAAAAUGUGAAGGAGAUUGGAGUCAUUUUACAUUAGUCGAGGGUUCUACUGUGGAAAUCUUGGAAGAGGAUAAUCAAGAAUGUGCAGCAGAGACAUCAGCUAUCAUGCAAAAUGAUGACGGAGAACAUGAAGUAGAUUUGAGUAGUUUUACAUCAUCACCAUCACCUGUCAUGCAGAAGGACAACGGAAAUGAUUCUUUAUCAUCUAAGGGUUUAAUAUUCAGAAUUCCAGGUUUGUUUAAAAUGCAUAAUGAACAGGCUUAUAGGCCUUAUAAAUUUUCAAUUGGUCCGUGGUAUUUUCGUGAAACAGAGUUGUUGGACAUGGGACAAAAAUUGAAAGAGUCUUUUUUCGAAAGAUUCAUUAAUCGUUUCUCAGAUCCAGCAGCAACGAAGAGCCAGUUGGAAGUAGCUAUAAAGAAUGUGCGUGGCAAGAUUCGAAAAUCUUACGAGAGAGGGGAUGUACAUCAUGUUUAUUUUGACACUAGCAUUUGAGAAAAUCUUGCUGCUGGAUGGUUGCUUUAUUAUCGAGUUGUUCCGUAAGAAUUUGGUAGAGGUACCCGAAGGAGAAAAUGAGUCGCUACUUUUCUCAGGGGGUAUGAUGCAGGUCAUUUAUCACGACCUGUUAUUGCUAGAAAACCAAAUACCAUGGGUUGUGCUGGAGCUUUUGUUUGACACAACCAGUGAUGAUCCUAAACGCAUUAGUUUAACUUUGGUUCAGCUGGCUAUUAGAUUCUUUAGUUCUGCUAUUUCUCAUUAUGAACCUGGAGAACUACAAAGCUUUCAAAUAGGGCUUCAAUCUAGGAAUGACACAAAUUUUAUACAUUUGGUCGAUUUUGUGUGGCAUUUUUUGUGUUUCUCAUCAGAAAUGGGAAAAAUUAUUGAGUUGGGAUACAGGGAGUUUGAAGACAGGACCCUUAUUCCUUCUGUCACCAGACUUAAAGAGGCGGGAGUUAAAUUUCAAAAAGCUGAGUCAAGAAACAUCAUGGAUGUAAGAUUCAACAACGGUAUCCUUGAAAUCCCACCGUUGCUAAUUACUCCAUCGACAGAAACCAUCUUCAGGAAUCUCAUCAUCUUUGAGCAAUGUAGUCUUCGUUGCAAUCCAUAUGUGACAUGUUACGUCAUACUCCUAGAUUGCCUGGUUGACACCGCAGAUGAUGUGGAUUUAAUGAGCAAAGCAGGAAUUUUUAGUAACUGGUUGAACCCUGAGGAGGCGGCUAAAUUCUUGAACAGAGUCCGUGACAACACUCCCAUAGGAGAGUUCUUUUAUGUACAACUUUGCAAAGAUGUCAACAGAUAUUGCAAGAAGAAAUGGCCGACAUGGCGAGUUUCUUUGAUCCGUAACUAUUUUACUAAGCCGUGGGCUAUCGUUUCUGUAAUUUUUGCCAUGAUCAUUUUGUUUUUCACCAUCAUGCAGGUUUUCUAUGAGUAACGUUUCUUAACACUUUUUACAUUAGUAGAGGCACUAUCCGUUAAUGGAAUCUUUUUU